AUGCGCUACCUUUUUGCUGCGCUCAUCCUCCUACAACCUGCGAACGCAGCUUGGCACUAUCUCUUUGUCGGAACGAUCGAUGCCAGCUCGAUUUAUACGUUGGAAUUCAACGAUGUAGCGAAAAACAUUACAGUGUUUAAGAAUAGCUCCGCGUCCGGAGCAUCGCGAUCAAUCACAUUGGACCACUCGAAAACUCAUCUGUUUGGAAGCCGGCCUGCUGAUGGAACCAUAUCGAGGUAUUUUGUGGAGGCAGAUUACUCUUUGGUGAAUGAAGGCGCCAUGGAAAUACCGCAGUCUUGUAAUACAACGGCCUUUGCAAGCAUUAAGCUGAUCACCGGAUCACAAGAUCCAUACCUGAUUUACGGCGCAGCAACCACCGGAUCCUGUAGUAGCCUGUUCUUGACAUUGGAUAGUGGCUACCGAAGCUUGAAGAGUGAUGCUAUCAGUGGAAACAUUUUCAGCAUUGCAUUUAGCCCCAACGGUCGGCACUUACACGCGCUUGAUUCCAAGUCUCGUUCCAUUCUUAACUUCUACAUCUCCGAUGACCCCACGUUUCGGGAUCUGCUGGACAAAGACUUCCUCCCAAAUGCGACGAGCCCAAAGCAGAUCAUCACUCAUCCGUUUGGCCACAGGAUAUUUGUUGUAAGCCAAGACACUAACGAACUCAUCGAAGUCCCGCUUUUAAAUAACGACCGGAUCGAUGCAUCGUUGAGUGAUACCCGACACGCUAUCCUCCCAAAGAAAUUGGGGAACGGUAAGUACUCCACCACAAGUCUCGCGAUUUCGUCCUCCAAUUCCACGCUCUGGACUCUUUCCCAAUCAAAAACGCCAGGCCAGAAUGGUCUGAUAACGGUGUACAAGCUUGAUGGCGUCACCGGUGCGAUCGCCGGAAGGCUAGCGCAAGUGAAUUGGAAGACAAGUGGAAAUGCUAUUCAUACAGGAAUGACUAGCUCUGUUACUCCAGCUCCGUUUGACGGCGACCUUGUUGCUGUGACGAGUUUUCCUAUGGGGACUGUUGAGAUCUGGGGAGUCCAGAAACGGAACGGAACUGAAAGGGUAGAGCGUAUUGCGGGUAUCGGUUCAUUUGAUGUAGAUCAAGGAUGCUGUGGUGAGGCUGCGUGGGUGAAUUGA